AUGGCUUCCAUAGACAUCCCAUUCCUUCAUGGAUCUAAAGAUCAUCAUGUAUUUACUAAUCCCGAUGUUUAUACUAGUGCUGGAGUUGUUGCCUCCACUUAUUCACGAUUUAAAACAAAUUUCUGGAUUGAUAGGAUUUUAUUCAUUCUGAGUGUAUGUAUCCCUGUAAUCCAAGCAUUUGUUCUCUUGUUACUUCAUGCUAUUCUAGGCGUUACACGUUGUCUUCCAGAUACAAAAGAAAACAAAAUUGAUUAUUACACCAUUACAAACACAUUCAUAGACCGUGCAUGUGGUCUACAAUUGACCACAGAAGUACUUCAAGGAACAGUGAAACCAUUACCAAAUUCUUUUAAAUCUUCAAUUCAAAUUCAUUCUGAAUCGGAUGUAACCGCUAGAGAAAUCAGUACUAUUCGUCUACAGCAUGAAUGUUAUCCAUUCGUAUUAAUUAUAUAUGCCAUAGCGAUGUGGAUUCCUCAUUAUUUGUACCAUCGUUUGACAGAUCGAACUUUUUUUUUUUUUUUAUGUUUAGUACGUGCUGAAUUGCAUAGUUUUCGAAGAGCUGUUACUCAAGAACUUGCAUACUUACAAACACUUGCAACUGCAUCAACUGAUGUAGGUGCACCGACUGGAACGUUUCUCUCACCUGUCUCAACAAUACCACCAGGUCCUCCUACAUUACAUCCAAAUGGUUCAUUUUAUCCUCAUGCUGGAACAGGAUAUAAUUGUCAAAAUGAAGGAGCUAGUGGACGUACAACUGCUGCAACAUUUGGUGGUGCUUCAGGUUUAUCACAAACAACUGCACCUACCGUGAUUCAUGCACAACAACAGUCAGCAACAAUUGGUACAAUUCGAGGUGGAGGUGCUGGUGCAGUUGUUGGUGGUGGCGGCGGUGGUGGUGCACUUGUUGACAGUCCAACACUCUCACCAGCUUUACCGUUAAGUUUUGGUGAUGCUGAUUUAUCAGCUCCAGGUUUAUUAGAUCUACCAUGUUUUCAUGCAUGCCAUGCAGAUGAACACGUAUUUAGCUGCAUGGCAAAAAUACUGAUUUCUAUUGGUCAAGAUAUUUAA